CCCGUGAUUCUUCUCCCCAUGACCCCAGCUCUCCAGGAGCGCAGCAGACCAUGGACUCCAAGUUGGAGGCGCAUGGUUGUGGAAGGGAGGGAAGGCGCUAGCAAGGGCUUCACGACGGGGUCAUAUUCUAUUGGUCUUGCCCAGACUGAUGCCAGCUGGAAUCCUUACCCCCAGCCUCCCCUACCUGGAACUUUGGUGGUGCGAACAGGCUUAAAAGACCUUCCCAUUCCUGCGAGGCGGAAAAGGAAGCUCAGCCCCACGCAGAUUCCUCGUCUCCCUGCAAGAGUCCCAAACUUCCAGAAUCUUUCCUCCACUAUUGAGUUGAAAACCAGGAAAAGAGGUCCCCUGUCCAUCCUAAAAGAUUAGGAUCACAGUCUGGUAAGGAUCAGAACCUGAGAAGCAUAAAGAAUAUUCUGAUGGGAGGAGGCAAGUAGGAGUCGUCUGGCAUCUUCAGGUUCUUUUUGCGGGGAUUUCACCCGAUUUCUUUUUCAUCGUUGCGCCCGGUCCUGGUGCAACAUACCUAGGGCCGAAAUGCAAAAUGUAAGACCUACAAAAAGAGCGAGGUUGGAGAUCAAAACCACAAACCGCAGUGGAUUAGAGAUGGAAGGCGGGUCUCGGGGUGGGCGAGGCAGCAAGAGCUGAGAAUCAAUGCAUAGACAGAGUAUUCCCCGCUCCCCCAUUCUCGGGAGGAGGGGCGCCCCAAUUGCGCUCGGGUGCUCGGCCAGGGCAAAGAGAAAGGCGGGGAAAAGAGGCGGUGACGUCAAACUCAAUAGAACCAAUCAGAGGAUGGCCUGGGGAGCGAGUGUGAAAGGAUGAAUGAAAAGUCCGGAGCCGGAGCACGCCAGGGCCAGAGCCGCGGCGGAGGCCGGGGAGGGAGCUGGGAGGUGAGACCUGCUCCGCCCUGAUGGCCUAGGCCCGGCGGAGGCUAGGUUCUGGGCGGCCUCUUCUGCCCCGACGCGCUCUGAGCCCUGGCUUCUGAGACUCUGGUCCGCAUUGCUCCGUGGGCGGGAACCAGCGGGAAGGAUCGCGCGGAGAGCACAUUUGGGCACCUGGGCUGGAUGCCCUUCUGGGGGUUUUACCUCCGGGGUUUCCCUGCCAGCUCCGGUUCUUUACCCCACGCCGGCACAGGUUCGCUCCCUCCGCUCUUGUAAGUCGGAGAUAUGGCGGGCCACCCGGCGCCUUCCUCUCCUACCCUCGCGGAGGCUCCGGCUGCGCGGAAGGCUGAGACUCUGGCUGCUGGAUGCGCCCUCGAUCUUCCAGAGGAGGGCAAUGGGUCCCGGCUGCGGAGGUCCUGGAGGCGGCGGCGGCAGCCGGGAGGCUGCGUGGAAGAGGCGGCAGCGGCAGCCAGGAGGCGGGUUGGUAACCCAUCAGAGAAGCGCAGAUCCUUCUGCAUUCUUCUGUGUCUGGAAGUCCUUCCUGAAGUCUGCAUAUUCAAGCAGCUUGCCUGGGGCAGGUGGGUGCACCACCACCCUCCCACCCUCUUUCUUCCACGCGGACUGCACAGUCACAUCCAGCACCACGGACAGCUCCAGGCGGAUUCUCCCUCCCUGAGUUGGGUAGAACAGGCCUGAUACUGUUGGGGAACUUUACAGGAUACCCCCAUAUAAAAAAGGACAAGAUGUCUGCCUGGGCAUGUGAAGUGUCUUCAAAAGCCAAGUAGAGACUAGAAAGAAGAACCUGCUUUACCUACCUGUCCUGAGAAGACUUUCUGGACUGACUGAAGGCGAGGCUAAGCUCUAACAAGUUGAAGUUGACUGGCUUCUCAAGAGGCUUUGAGCAGAGGGGAAGCGGGAAGGCCCAGCCCCAAGUCUGGGCAGCCAAUUACGUCUGGAGCCCUCUGGGAUGACACCUUGACCCAUCAUUCUCACAUCUACCAGCUGUCCAUCCUGGCCUAUCCUAAUUUAUCCUAUGUAACCAGAGCUGUGAUUCCUAUGUCCUCUGAGCUGGAAGUGGCAUCUCAUGUCUAAUAAAGACUCUUGACUAUUU